CCUGCGCUUUCCUUUCCAUCCGCGCGCCCGUAGAGUCGCCAGUGUGUCUACGUUGAGGGGAAACAUCGAGGAAGAGAAAUGCCAUCUAAGAUCGUAUUUGACACCGAGGAUCUGGUCCAGGAGGAGGAGAUGGACACCGUCAGCGAGGCGAAAGCCCUGAAGAACAAGAACAAGGAGGCCAAGAAGUUGAAGAAGAAGCAGCAGACGGAGGAACAAGAGGAGCAGGAGGACCCAGACUGUGAACCUCCAGCACCAAAGAAGAAAAAGAAAAAAGACAAGCUGGCAGGUCACGAAGUGAACGGCCAUGAUGAGGUCACAGACCUGAACGACAACAUCAACGGUAUUGAAACACCAAAGAAGAAGAAGACUAAGACAAACACUGAAGGAGACACAGAGAAAAAGAAGAAGCAAAAGAAAGCAACCGUAGAGGCAGCAACCAAUGGACAUUCCACCCUGAAAACCCCUGUUCAGACACCCACACAGACACCGAUACCAUCGGGUGAAGAGUCAGCCAGUGACAACGAGAAAGAUACGGAAACACCAGAGCAGAAGGAAGGGGCCUUUUCCAAGUUCAGGAUCUCCGACGUUACCAUCAAUAAACUGAAAGCUCGGGGAGUCACUUUCCUGUUUGACAUUCAGGUGAAGACAUUUAAUCCAGUGUUUGAUGGAGAAGAUGUAAUCGCUCAAGCUCGAACAGGAACAGGAAAGACUUUCUCCUUUGCCAUCCCAUUGGUGGAGAAGCUUCAGAGGGAAUCAUUGCCGCCGACCAGAGGCCGAGCUCCCAAGGUCCUGGUGUUGACUCCAACCAGAGAGUUAGCAAUCCAGGUCGCUAGGGACUUCAAAGACGUCGCCAACAAACUUUUCAUCACCUGUUUCUACGGCGGCAGCUCAUACAACCCACAGAUUGAUGCCAUCCGUAAUGGUAUCGAUAUUUUGGUUGGAACCCCUGGUCGUAUCAAGGACCACCUCCAGAACAGCAAGCUUGACCUGUCACAGGUGAAGCACGUCAUUCUGGAUGAAGUCGACCAAAUGUUGGACAUGGGAUUUGCGGAACAGGUUGAAGAAAUUUUGGCUACAUCAUAUGAGAAAGACGGCGAAUCCAAUCCCCAGACGCUGCUGUUUUCAGCCACCUGCCCCGCCUGGGUCUACCAAGUGGCCAAGAAAUACAUGAGACCAGAAUGCAAACAUGUUGACCUGAUCGGCAAGAAAACACAGAAAGCUGCAACAACUGUGGAGCAUCUUGCCAUCGCCUGUCACUGGUCACAGCGCGCAGCCGUGAUCGGUGAUGUCAUCCAGGUUUACAGUGGCAGACACGGCCGAAGCAUUGUGUUCACUGAGACAAAGAAAGAGGCCAACGAACUCUCCAUGAACGCAUCCAUCAAACAAAGUACACAGACCCUCCAUGGUGAUAUUCCUCAGAAACAGAGAGAGAUUACCCUGAAGGGCUUCAGGAAUGGGACCUUCGAGGUCCUGGUUGCCACCAAUGUUGCAGCUCGUGGAUUAGAUAUCCCUGAAAUCGACCUGGUGGUCCAGUGCUCUCCACCCAAGGAUGUGGAGUCAUACAUCCAUCGUUCAGGACGUACAGGCCGAGCAGGCAGGCCUGGAGUCUGCAUCUGUUUCUACCAGAGGAAAGAGGAAGACCAGCUGCGCUACGUAGAAAACAAAGCGGGUAUCACAUUCAGACGAGUUGGCGUUCCCACUGCCAAUGAUAUCAUCAAGUCAUCAAGCAAGGAUGCUGUCAAGUUUUUGGACUCAGUUCCGGUCACAGCUAUUGGAUACUUUAGAGCUUCAGCUGAGAAGCUGAUCGAGGAGAAAGGAGCCGUCGAUGCACUCGCUGCUGCCCUUGCCCACAUCUCUGGAGCCACAAGUCUGGAGCAGAGGUCACUGCUGAACUCUGAUACUGGUUUCGCCACCAUGACGUUGGUGUGUUCUCAGGAGAUGCAUAAUCUGGGUUACGCUUGGAGAAGCAUCAAAGAACAACUUGGCGAAGACUUUGAGAACCACAUUCAAAGAAUGUGCUUCCUUAAAGGCAAAACGGGAGUUUGUUUCGACCUCCCAGUUGACAAAGUCAAGCAGAUGCAGGAGGGCUGGAAGGAUGGUCGCCGUUGGCAACUGUCCGCCGCCGAGGAGCUCCCAGAUCUGGAGGAGAAGCAGCACAAUAACCGCGGCGGCGACAGAGGCUUUGGCAACGGUAACCGUGGCGACAGAGGAGGAGGAUUCAGAGGCGGAAGGGGACGUAGUUUCGGGGGAAAUGGCGGCCGCAGCAACGGAUUCAGGAACGGUGGCGGCGUCGGCGCCGGCAGAGGAGUACACAAACGCAGCUUCGGCGAAGCUUUUGAUUACUGAAGCACCAACCUGGGGACUGAUUAGACUGACUGUCGCUCGCUGGGCUGACAGUGGUGAGGCGUUAUGUGUGGCCAGUGGAAAUCUCCCAUCAUGACAAAAGAAGAAUUAUAAACUCAAGUAUUCACAAGUUUAUCACACAGUAAAUUAAAUUACAUGUUAUCUAAGGAUUAGGGUUUGUUUCCAAGUUGCCACAUCCAACGAGUUUAAGAUCAGAUUUUCUGUGUACAGUGUACACAGUACCACUGGAAGCCAUUUAGUAAAGCCUGAUGUGUUUCUUUUAGGUGACACAUUAGAUGAAACUCAUGCAAUGACAUUUUCUGAACUGGUGUCCCUACAUACAAUAGCACGUAACUCCCUUGCUAUGUGUUGAAUAGCACAGGAACAAAAACACAGGUGAAUCAAACCUGUAUUCAUAAUUUGGCAUCAUGUGACAACCUGAAUUGAAAGUUUAAAUGUGUCAUCCAUUGAGUUCUAGGUAAAGUGUCACUCUUCUAUUUUUUUAUUUUGUUAUAUUGGGUGUUUGGGGAACAGCAGCAGCAGCAAAUCACACUCUGGUCUUUGCCUGAAAUGGCAGAUGCAUCAUCCUGAUACAACACUUUUAAUCAUGACCACUUGAUGGCUCCGAGUGUGCAGUACCAUGAAGAUGCAGUUGCUGUGUCAUGUGGGACGUGUGUGUUUCGACCCUGCACUCUGAAAAAGUGAUUAAAUGGGUUUUAACCUUUACAGUUGUGCAGCCUCACCCUCCGCUGAAACCUCUCUGCCCAAUAAUAUCUUGGAUGAUUGCUUUGCAAUUGCCUCUAUUUAAUAUCUGUGUCUACUGCUUCCAUUCAUUUGAAUGAAAUGACUUAUUCAUUAAAAAAGGUCAACUCAG